AUGUUGCCUCAGAGCUACCAGGACAUUGUGUCCUUGGUGUUUGCCAUAAAGGAGAUUAAUGAAAACACACAGCUCUUACCCAAUAUAACCCUGGGAUUCCACAUCUAUAACAGCUAUUUUAGUGCAAGCUGGACAUAUCGUGCUUCAAUGCAACUUCUUUCCACACGGCGAAAAUGCAUCCCUAACUACAAGUGUGACAUGCAAUACAAACCAGUGGCAGUCAUUGGGGGACCUAAUUCUGAUGUUGGUGUUCACAUGGCAACUAACCUGUGCAUUUACAAGAUUCCCCAGGUUAUAGAGUUGUUUGGAUUCCAGAAAUUUCUUCAGAUGAGAAAUCCAGCCUCAGAUCAAGAAGAUGGCUUCAUCAAGGACAUCUGGGAAUAUGCAUUUAAAUGUUUUUUCCCCAAACCUGAAAUAGAGGACCAGAAUGUGGAAAUCUGCACUGGAGAGGAGAAGCAGGAGACUCUUCCAGAGCCUCUUUUUGAUCUGAGCAUGAGUGGCAACAGCUAUACCGUUUAUAAUGCCAUAUAUGCUUUGGCACAUUCUUUACAUGCCAUACAGGCAGUACCCAUUUCUGUGUGCAAUGAUAAUUGCCCUUGGGGUUAUUAUAAGGCCAAGAAGGAAGGGGAGCCAUUUUGCUGCUAUGAUUGCCACCCUUGUCCAGAAGGAAAGAUCUCAAAUCAAAAGGACAUGGACGACUGCUUUCGAUGUCCAGAAGGACAAUAUCCGAACAAUGAGAAGGUUUUUUGCAUUCCCAAACGAAUACACUUCUUAUCUUAUGAAGAACCUAUGGGGAUCGGUUUGGCCAUUGUUGCCCUUUCCUUUUCUUCUGUCACAGCUUUGGUGUUUUGGAUCUUCAUUAAGCGCAAGGACACCCCCAUAGUCAAAGCCAACAACAGGGACCUCACCUACACUCUCCUCAUCUCCCUCCUGCUCUCUUUCUUUUCUUCUUUGUUAUUCAUUGGAAAGCCUCAGAAGGUGAUGUGUCUACUUCGACAAACAAUGUUUGGUGUCAUCUUCUCAGUUGCUGUAUCUUCUGUGUUGGCCAAAACCAUUGUUGUAGUUCUGGCUUUCAUGGCUACCAAGCCUGGCUCUAGCAUGAGGAAAUGGGUGGGGAAACAAGUAUCUAACACAAUCAUUAUUUUCUGUUUCCUUGUUCAAACUACUAUUUGUACUGCAUGGCUAGCAACCUCUCCCCCAUUUCCAGAAUUUGACAUGAACUCAAUGCCUGAAGAAAUUGUAUUAGAAUGUAAUGAAGGGUCUGUUACCAUGUUUUGUUCUGUUCUGGGUUUUAUGGGUGUACUUGCUUUUGUCAGCUUCACUGUGGCUUUCCUAGCCAGGAAGUUACCAGAUGGUUUCAAUGAAGCCAAGUUUAUCACCUUCAGCAUGUUGGUCUUCUGCAGUGUUUGGCUGUCCUUCAUCCCAACGUACCUGAGCACAAAGGGGAAAUAUACAGUGGCUGUGGAGAUCUUCUCCAUCUUGGCCUCCAGUGCUGGGUUACUGGGCUACAUCUUUUUCCCCAAAUGCUAUAUCAUUAUCCUGAGACCUGAGCUGAACAACAAAGAUAUGUUAAUAAGGAGAAAUGAGAAUGCACUAAACCAAUUCUAA